AUGGGUGUGAUCUCUGUCAAAGAUAUCCCUUCAGUGGUACUUCUACUAGUAUCUAGCAUCGUCUCCAUAUCCUAUGUAAUAUUGCACACCACUACAACUAGAUUGAACACCUCGGCCAGGAACAUGAUGCAGUGCGAGAGAGCGGAUACACUUCGGAGUUUGGCAAGGUUCACUUUGCGAGUUCUGGCCACGCUCUGGUUGAUAUCUGCCGCUCUCAGCAUCACCGCAACAACUAGUCGCCAGCCGUUGUGCGUGUUGAGUACAACGAGCGCGGGAACAUUGGACGUGAUGCCUCUGGACAAGGGUGUAACUUGCAUCUUGAACCGCACUGGGAUACUCGCCAGCUUCGUGGCCUUGUAA